AUGGUUUAUUCCCGUACUGAGAAAAGUAAAAGGUUUUUUUCCAGUCUGUAACAGUAAUAAUGUUUUUUUCCCGUACUGAUAAAAUAAAAAAAAAGGUUUAUUCCAGGCCACCUCCGUCGGGAAUUUUUGGUUUGUCCCGUCGCGGAGAGAGGAGGAAAAGCCUUUACUACUGGGAAAACCUCCGUUUCAUGGGUAGACCACACACCACACACACAACCACCCACCACAAAACCCAACCCACAAACAACACCCCCAAACCCCCACCACCAAAACACAAACCACACAAAAACAAAACCACAAACCACCCAAAAAACACACCAACCCAACACAACAAAAAAAAAAAAAACACCAAAAAAACCCCCCAAAAAAAAAAAACACAACAACAAAAAACACAGCCCACAACCAAAAAAAAAACAAAACACAAAAAACAAAAAAAAAAAGCACAAAAACACACACAACAAGUAAAAAACACAACCACCCAAACCACAAAACACAAAAAAAAACAAACGCUACAACAACAAACCCCAAACCCACACACCAAACCCCCCCCCAAACCCCACCCAGUUACCCCCAACAAAAAAACAACCCCCACACCACCAAAAAAACAAUCACAAACACACAACACACGAACAACAAAACAACAACACAACCCCACACAAAACACAACACCACACACACACACACAAACACCCACAAAAACAACCCCAACACACACACACACCAAACACCCCAAAACCACCCACACCACACACACCCCCAAGUUACACACACCACACCACACAGUCUAAAAAAACACCCCACACACACACAACACACACAGUUUAAAACCAAAAAAAAAACACAAAAAAAACCCAACCCGCGGAAAGGGGGGAAUAAAAUACAGGUGUGCCCGACCCGGAGAUAUAAGUGUGGCCCGACCAGUGAUAUAUUAACAGUGUGUGACAGACCAGUGAGAUAUACAGUGUGUGCCAGACCAGUGAGAUAUACAGUGUGUGCCAGACCAGUGAGAUAUACAGUGUGUGACAGACAUGCUCUGCUGUGUGUGUCUCUCCAGCCCCUGAGGUUCUGAGUGGGGGACCCUAUAGCCACGCAGCUGAUUGGUGGUCGCUGGGAAUCCUCCUCUUCUCAUUGGUCACUGGGAAGGUGAGUCACUACACUGACUGGCAUUAUGUGUUAAUAAAUGUGUGGCAGUGCCUGGGGUCUUGAUUAUUUACAGUUUAUAUAAAAACAAAUGUUUAUAGUAAUAAAAACCAACAAAACUCCGUGUUUUUAGACACAUUGAGGGAAAGACAGAUGGUUUGUGUGUCACACCCCCUUUCCUCUCAUCUCUCUCUAUAUAUAUACAUACAAUGGGGAAAAAAAGUAUUUAGUCAGCCACCAAUUGUGCAAGUUCUCCCACUUAAAAAGAUGAGAGAGGCCUGUCAUUUUCAUCAUAGGUACACGUCAACUAUGACAGACAAAAUGAGAAAUGUUUUUCCAGAAAAUCACAUUCAUACACACACGCACAUAUACAGUGGGGAAAACAAGUAUUUGAUACACUGCCGAUUUUGCAGGUUUUCCUACUUACAAAGCAUGUAGAGGUCUGUAAUUUUUAUCAUAGGUACAUUUCAACUGUGAGAGACGGAAUCUAAAACAAAAAUCCAGAAAAUCACAUUGUAUGAUUUUUACGUAAUUAAUUUGCAUUUUAUUGCAUGGCAUAAGUAUUUGAUACAUCAGAAAAGCAGAACUUAAUAUUUGGUAGAGAAACCUUUGUUUGCAAUUACAGAGAUCAUACGUUUCCUGUAGGUCUUGACCAGGUUUGCACACACUGCAGCAGGGAUUUUGGCCCACUCCUCCAUACAGACCUUCUCCAGAUCCUUCAGGUUUCGGGACUGUCGCUGGGCAAUUCGGACUUUCAGCUCCCUCCAAAGAUUUUCUAUGGGUUCAGGUCUGGAGACUGGCUAGGCCACUCCAGGACCUUGAGAUGCUUCUUACGGAGCCACUCCUUAGUUGCCCUGGCUGUGUGUUUCGGGUCGUUGUCAUGCUGGAAGACCCAGCCACGACCAAUCUUCAAUGCUCUUACUGAGGGAAGGAGGUUGUUGGCCAAGAUCUCGCGAUACAUGGCCCCAUCCAUCCUCCCCUCAAUACGGUGCAGUCGUCCUGUCCCCUUUGCAGAAAAUCAUCCCCAAAGAAUGAUGUUUCCACCUCCAUGCGUCACGGUUGGGAUGGUGUUCUUGGGGUUGUACUCAUCCUUCUUCUUCCUCCAAACACGGCGAGUGGAGUUUAGACCGAAAUGCUCUAUUUUUGUCUCAUCAGACCACAUGACCUUCUCCCAUUCCUCCUCUGGAUCAUCCAGAUGGUCAUUGGCAAACUUCAGACGGGCCUGGACAUGCGCUGGCUUGAGCAGGGGGACCUUGCGUGCGCUGCAGGAUUUUAAUCCAUGACGGCGUAGUGUGUUACUAAUGGUUUUCUUUGAGACUGUGGUCCCAGCUCUCUUCAGGUCAUUGACCAGGUCCUGCCGUGUAGUUCUGGGCUGAUCCCUCACCUUCCUCAUGAUCAUUGAUGCCCCACGAGGUGAGAUCUUGCAUGGAGCCCCAGACCGAGGGUGAUUGACCGUCAUCUUGAACUUCUUCCAUUUUCUAAUAAUUGUGCCAACAGUUGUUGCCUUCUCACCAAGCUGCUUGCCUAUUGUCCUGUAGCCCAUCCCAGCCUUGUGCAGGUCUACAAUUUUAUCCCUGAUGUCCUUACACAGCUCUCUGGUCUUGGCCAUUGUGGAGAGGUUGGAGUCUGUUUGAUUGAGUGUGUGGACAGGUGUCUUUUAUACAGGUAACGAGUUCAAACAGGUGCAGUUAAUACAGGUAAUGAGUGGAGAACAGGAGGGCUUCUUAAAGAAAAACUAACAGGUCUGUGAGAGCCGGAAUUCUUACUGGUUGGUAGGUGAUCAAAUACUUAUGUCAUGCAAUAAAAUGCAAAUUCAUUACUUAAAAAUCAUACAAUGUGAUUUUCUGGAUUUUUGUUUUAGAUUCCGUCUCUCACAGUUGAAAUGUACCUAUGAUAACAAUUACAGACCUCUACAUGCUUUGUAAGUAGGAAAACCUGCAAAAUCGGCAGUGUAUCAAAUACUUGUUCUCCCCACUGUAUAUAUAUAUAUCUCUGUCUCCCACCGUCUAGUUCCCAGUCCUGCCUGAACCAGACCACUACAGUAUGUUGAGGAGAGUGAGGUGUUUCCCCUACGACAUCCCCCUCAGCUUCAGCCCUCCACUGGCUCUUCUCAUCACUGAGGUAUACACACACACACACACAGACACACACACACACACACACACACACACACACACACACACAGACACACACACACACACACACACACACACACACACGAAGGCACACACACACACACACACACACACACACACACACACACACACACACGAAGGCACACACACACACACACACACACGAAGGUACGCACGUACACUUAGUUACACUUCUCAUCUUUGUAUCUGUCCCAUUAUAUCUGUCCCAUUAUAUCUGUCCCAUUAUAUCUGUCCCAUCUCCAUUAUAUCUGUCCCAUCUCCAUUAUAUCUGUCCCAUCUCCAUUAUAUCUGUCCCAUUAUAUCUGUCCCAUCUCCAUUAUAUCUGUCCCAUUAUAUCUGUCCCAUCUCCAUUAUAUCUGUCCCAUCUCCAUUAUAUCUGUCCCAUCUCCAUUAUAUCUGUCCCAUUAUAUCUGUCCCAUCUCCAUUAUAUCUGUCCCAUCUCCAUUAUAUCUGUCCCAUCUCCAUUAUAUCUGUCCCAUCUCCAUUAUAUCUGUCCCAUUAUAUCUGUCCCAUCUCCAUUAUAUCUGUCCCAUUAUAUCUGUCCCAUCUCCAUUAUAUCUGUCCCAUCUCCAUUAUAUAUGUCCCAUCUCCAUUAUAUCUGUCCCAUUAUAUCUGUCCCAUCUCCAUUAUAUCUGUCCCAACUCUCCAUUAUAUCUGUCCCAUCUCCAUUAUAUCUGUCCAUCUCCAUUAUAUCUGUCCCUUCUCCAUUAUAUCUGUCCCAUCUCCAUUAUAUCUGUCCCAUCUCCAUUAUAUCUGUCCCAUCUCCAUUAUAUCUGUCCCAUCUCCAUUAUAUCUGUCCCAUCUCCAUUAUAUCUGUCCCAUCUCCAUUCUAUCUGUCCCAUCUCCAUUCUAUCUGUCCCAUCUCCAUUCUAUCUGUCCCAUCUCCAUUAUAUCUGUCCCAUUAUAUCUGUCCCAUCUCCAUUAUAUCUGUCCCAUUAUAUCUGUCCCAGCACUGGCAGCGCCAUUGAGGCCAUCUCCAUUAGGAAGUAGUCAGUACUUCUAUGAGUUGGUAAACAAACUGCCACCUCAUUGGCUGAUCCCUCCUGAUGACCUGGAUGGAAUCAUGUGAUCCAACCUUCACCCACAGGAAGUCCAACCCAGUUGACUACUUAAAAAUGGUGACAUUCCUCAGUGGCGCUGCCCAUUCUCAAAUGGGGCACUAGAGUUGUCUAUCUAAGUCCAUGAGACAUACACAUUGUGGUUAGAAGGGCUUUAGAAAUAAAUGUGAUUGAUUGAAUUAUUGAUUAAUUGAUUGAUUGACAGCUGCUGUGUAAGACACCGACGCGGCGGCUGCGGACCCUGGAGCGUUUCAAACGGCAGACCUUUUUCCACGGCGCGACCUUUGACCUGGCGUUGCUACAGCGACGACCUGUGGAGGUAAUCUUGGCGCUGCGGGAGCGUCCUGACCGGCCGGCCAAGGCCCGACGAGGACUGACCCUCUCUCUACAGCCGCUUGGAGGCUUCGACUACGAUGCUCUGCUCAGCCCUGCAGGGACGCCUGACACAAUCCUGGAUGACCCCGACCCACACACACACCUGGAUGACCCCGACCCACACACACACCUGGAUGACCCCGACCCACACACACACCUGGAUGACCCCGACCCACACACACACCUGGAUGACCCCGACCCACAGACACACCUGGAUAACCCCGACCCACACACACACCUGGAUGACCCCGACCCCGACCCACACACACACCUGGAUGACCCCGACCCACACACACACCUGAAUGACCCCGACCCACACACACACCUUGAUGACCCCAACCCCGACCCACAGACACACCUGGAUGACCCCGACCCACACACACACCUGGAUAACCCCGACCCACACACACACCUGGAUGACCCCAACCCCGACCCACACACACACCUGAAUGACCCCGACCCACACACACACCUGGAUGACCCCAACCCCGACCCACACACACACCUGGAUGACCCUGACCCAGACCCACACACACACCUGGAUGACCCCGACCCACACACACACCUGGAUGACCCCGACACACAUACACACCUGGAUGACCCCGACCCACACACACACACACACACACCGCUACCUGGCCCGGGCUGCCAGAAUCAGCAUGCACCUGCCGAGUCUGGACCAACACAUACACACUCCAACACACACACUCCUCUCCCCGGGCCCCCACACACACGCUCUUCCAUGCCCGGCUCCACACACACUCCUCUCCCCGGGCCCCCACACACACGCUCUUCCAUGCCCGGCUCCACACACACUCCUCUCCCCGGGCCCCCACACACACGCUCUUUCCAUGCCCGGCUCCACACACACUCCUCUCCCUCCCCCCCAAACACGCUCUUCCAUGCCCGGCUCCACACACACUCCUCUCCCCGUGCCCCCACAACACACUCUUCCAUGCCCGGUCUCCACACACACACUCCUCUCCCCGGGCCCCCACACACAAGCUCUCUCCAUCCCGGCUCCACACACCACUCCUCUCCCCGGGCCCCCACACACACGCUCUUCCAUGCCCGGCUCCACACACACCUCCUCCCCGGGCCCCCACACACACGCUCUCCCAUGCCCGGCUCCACACACACCUCCUCUCCCCGGGCCCCCACACACACCGCUCUUCCAUGCCCGGCUCCACACACAACUCCUCUCCCCGGGCCCCCACCACACACGCUCUUCCAUGCCCGGCUCCACACACACUCCUCUCCCCGGGCCCCCACACACACGCUCUUCCAUGCCCGGCUCCACACACACUCCUCUCCCCGGGCCCCCACACACACGCUCUUCCAUGCCCGGCUCCACACACACUCCUCUCCCCGGGCCCCCACACACACGCUCUUCCAAUGCCUGGCUCCACACACACUCCUCUCCCUGGGCCCCCACACACACGCUCUUCCAUGCCUGGCUCCACACACACUCCUCUCCCCGGGCCCCCACACACACGCUCUUCCAUGCCCGGCUCCACACACACUCAGAGGCCCCCGACACAUGGGAAGAAGGAGAUGUUUGUGUGAAAAGGCCCUACAGACGCUCAGAGAAUGGAGUCACACACACACACCUUAGCUAGCUGGGACCAUGACAUUCCAUGACAUCACAGGAAGACCCCUGACCUUUAGCCCCUCCCUCUCCUGUAGAAUAGUUGCGUAAUAAAGAUAUGUUCAGAUUUGUAAACUGAUGAUUUAAAGAUACAGUUGAAGUCGGAUGUUUACAUAAACCUUAGCCAAAUACAUUUAAAUUCAGUUUUUCACAAUUCCUGACAUUUAAUCCUAGUAAAGAUUCCCUGUCUUAGGUCAGUUAGGAUCACCACUUUAUUUUAAGAAUGUGAAAUGUCAGAAUAAUAGUAGAGAGAAUGAUUUAUUUCAGCUUUUAUUUAUUUCAUCACAUUCCCAGUGGGUCAGAAGUUUACAUACACUCAAUUAGUAUUUGGUAGCAUUGCCUUUAAAUUGUUUAACUUGUGUCAAACGUUUCGGGUAGCCUUCCACAAGCUUCCCACAAUAAGUUGGGUGAAUUUUGGCCCAUUCCUCCUGACAGAGCUGGUGUAACUGAGUCAGGUUUGAAGGCCUCCUUGCUCGCACACGCUUUUUCAGUUCUGCCCACACAUUUUCUAUAGGAUUGAGGUCAGGGCUUUGUGAUGGCCACUCCAAUACCUUCACUUUGUUGUCCUUAAGCCAUUUUGCCACAACUUUGGAAGUAUGCUUGGGGUCAUUGUCCAUUUGGAAGACCCAUUUGCGACCAAGCUUUAACUUCCUGACUGAUGUCUUGAGAUGUUGCUUCAAUAUAUCAACAUAAUUUUCCUUCCUCAUGAUGCCAUCUAUUUUGUGAAGUGCACCAGUCCCUCCUGCAGCAAAGCACCCCCACAGCAUGAUGCUGCCACCCCCGUGCUUCACGGUUGGGAUGGUGUUCUUCGGCUUGCAAGUAACCUCCUUUUUUCUCCAAACAUAACGAUGGUCAUUAAGGCCAAACAGUUAUAUUUUUGUUUCAUCAGACCUGAGGACAUUUCCCCAAAAAGUACGAUCUUUGUCCCCAUGUGCAGUUGCAAACCGUAGUCUGGCUUUUUUAUGGCAGUUUUGGAGCAGUGGCUUCUUCCUUGCUGAGCGGCCUUUCAGGUUAUGUCGAUAUAGGACUCGUUUUACUGUGGAUAUAGAUACUUUUGUACCUGUUUCCUCCAGCAUCUUCACAAGGUCCUUUGCUGUUGUUCUGGGAUUGAUUUGCACUUUUCACACCAAAGUACGUUCAUCUCUAGGAGACAGAACACGUCUCCUUCCUGAGCGGUAUGAUGGCUGCGUGGUCCCAUGGUGUUUAUACUUGCAUACUAUUGUUUGUACAGAUGAAUGUGGUACCUUCAGGUGUUUGGAAAUUGCUCCCAAGGAUAAACCAGACUUGUGGAGGUCUACAAAUUUUUUUCUGAGGUCUUGGCUGAUUUCUUUUGAUUUUCCCAUGAUGUCAAGCAAAUAGGCACUGAGUUUGAAGGUAGGCCUUGAAAUACAUCCACAGGUACACCUCCAAUUGACUCAAAUUAUGUCAAUUAGCCUAUCAUAAGCUUCUAAAGCCAUGACAUCAUUUUCUGGAAUUUUCCAAGCUGUUUAAAGGCACAGUCAACUUAGUGUAUGUAAACUUCUGACCCACUGGAAUUGUGAUACAGUAAAUUAUAAGUGAAAUAAUCUGUCUGUAAACAAUUGUUGGAAAAAUUAGUUGUGUCAUGCACAAAGUAGAUGUCCUAACCGACUUGCCAAAACUGUAGUUUGUUAACAAGAAAUUUGUGGAGUGGUUGAAAAACAAGUUUGUAUGACUCCAACCUAAGUGUAUGUAAACUUCCGACUUCAACUGUUCAAAAGUUUGGGGUCACUUAGAAAUAUCCUUGUUUUCGAAAGAAAAACAAUUUUUUUGUCCAUUAAAAUAACAUCAAAUUGAUCAGAAAUACAGUGUAGACAUUGUUAAUGUUGUAAAUGGCUAUUGUAGCUGGAAACGGCUGAUUUUUUAAAAUGGAAUAUCUACAUAUGCGUACAGAGGCCCAUUAUCAGCAACCAUCAGUCCUGUGUUCCAAUGGCACGUUGUGUUUGCUAAUCCAAGUUUAUCAUUUUAAAAGGCUAAUUGAUCAUUAGAAAAUCCUUUUGCAUUUAUGUUAGCACAGCUGAAAACUGUUGUGCUGAUUAAAGAAGCAAUAAAACUGGCCUUCUUGAGACUAGUUGAGGAUCUGGAGUAUCAGCAAUUGUGGGUUCGAUUACAGGCUCAAAAUGGCCAGAAACAAAUAACUUUCUUCAGAAACUCGUCAGUCUAUUCUUGUUCUGAGAAAUGAAGGCUAUUCCAUGCGAGAAAUUGACAAGAAAAUGAAGAUCUCGUACAACGCUGUGUACCACUCCCUUCACAGAACAGCGCAAACUGGCUCUAACCAGAAUAGAAAGAGGAGUGGGAGGCCCCGGUGCACAACUGAGCAAGAGGACAAAUACAUUAGAGUGUCUAGUUUGAGAAACAGAUGCCUCACAGGUCCUCAACUGGCAGCUUCAUUAAAUAGUACCCGCAAAACACCAGUCUCAACGUCAACAGUGAAGAGGCGACUCCGGGAUGCUGACCUUCUAGGCAGAGUUGCAAAGAAAAAGCCAUAUCUCAGACUGGCCAAUAAAAAGAAAAGAUUAAGAUGGGCAGUCUGAGAUAUGGCUUUUUCUUUGCAACUCUGCCUAGAAGGUCAGCAUCCCGGAGUCGCCUCUUCACUGUUGACGUUGAGACUGGUGUUUUUCCCUUUGUCAUUAUGGGGUAUUGUGUGUAAAAAAACUAUUAAAUCAGGUUUAGAAUAAGGCUGUAAUGUAGCAAAAUGUGCAAAAAGGGAAGGGGUCUGAAUACUUUCCGAAUGCACUGUGUGUAUAUAUACAGUACCAGUCAAAGGUUUGGACACACCUACUCAUUCAAGGGUUUUUCUUUAUUUUAUCAAUUUUUUUCUACAUUGUAGAAUAAUAGUGAAGACAUCAAAACUAUGAAAUAACACAUAUGGAAUCAUGUAGAAACCAAAAAAGUGUUAAACACUUUCUUCAAAUAGCCACUCUUUGCCUUGAUGACAGCUUUGCACACUCUUGGCAUUCGCUCAACCAGCUUCAUGUGGUAGUCACCUGGAAUCCAUUUCAAUUAACAGGUGUGCCUUCUUUAAAAGUUAAUUUGUGGAAUUGCUUUCCUUCUUAAUGCGUUUGAGCCAAUCAGUUGUGUUGUGACAACAUAGGGGGGUAUACAGAAGAUAGCCCUAUUUGGUAAAAGACCAAAGGUCAGAAUGAAGGUCUGUCAAUAGGGACUUUGUCUGUGAUUUAUUUAGAAUUCAAGGCACACUUAACCAGCAUGGCUACCACAGCAUUCUGCAGCGAUACGCCAUCCCAUCUGGUUUGGACUUAGUGGGACUAUCAUUUGUUUUUCAACAGGACAAUGACCCAACACACCUCCAGGCUGUGUAAGGGCUAUUUUACCAAGAAGGAGAGUGAUGGAGUGCUGCAUCAGAUGACCUGGCCUCCACAAUCACCCAACCUCAACCCAAUUGAGAUGGUUUGGGAUGAGUCGGGAUGGGUUGGGAUGAGUCGGGGUGGGUUGGGAUGAGUCGGGGUGGGUUGGGAUGAGUCGGGGUGGGUUGGGAUGAGUCGGGGUGGGUUGGGAUGAGUCGGGAUGAUUGCUGCAAGAGUGUGCAAAGCUGUCAUCAAGGCAAAGGGUGGCUAUUUGAAGAAUCUCAAAUAUAAAAUAUAUUUUGAUUUGUUUAACACUUUUUUGGUUACUAAAUGAUUCCAUAUGUGUUAUUUCAUAGUUUUGAUGUCUUCACUAUUAUUCUACAAUGUAGAAAAUAGUAAAAAUUAAGAAAAACCCUUGAAUGAGUAGGUGGAGGCGUGUCCUAAUGAGUAGGUGGAGGUGUGUCCUAAUGAGUAGGUGGAGGUGUGUCCUAAUGAGUAGGUGGAGGCGUGUCCUAAUGAGUAGGUGGAGGUGUGUCCUAAUGAGUAGGUGGAGGCGUGUCCUAAUGAGUAGGUGGAGGCGUGUCCUAAUGAGUAGGUGGAGGUGUGUCCUAAUGAGUAGGUGGAGGUGUGUCCUAAUGAGUAGGUGUGUCCAGACUUUGAUAGACACCAUGCUACUAUGCUUGUGUUGUGUGCCUGUAUGUUUGAGGACAAAUUCAGGUCUGAUGAUGAUCGUGGUGAUGAUGGUGGUGAUAGUGGUGAUGAUAGUGAUGGUGAAUGUACUGAUGGUUUGGGGUUGGAUGGUGUGUGGUGGUGAAUGAUAGGUGAUGGUGUGGUUGUGUGAUGUGGUGGUGAUGGUGGUGUGUGUGUGGUGGAUGUGUGGUGAUGUGGUGGUGUUGGGGUGGUGGUGAUGUGGUGUGAUAGUGUAUGGUGAUGAUUUUUGAUGGUGGUGGGGGUAAGUGUGUGAGGGGUUUUUUGGUGAUAUGGGGAUUUAAUGUGGUGGUGUUUAUGGGGGUGUGUUUAUGAUGUUUGGGGUUUGUUUGUGGUAUGAUGGUGGUGGUGGGGGUGAUGGUGAGGGUUGAUAUGUGUGAUGGUGUAUGGUGGGUUUUGGGUGGGGGGUGAUGUGUUUUUGGGGGUGAUGAUGUGUGGGGGGGGUGUUGUGGUGAUGGGUUUGAUUGGUGGUGUGAUGUGGGGGUGGUUGUUUGUGGUGGUGUUUGGUUUUUAAGGUGGGGUUUUUUUUUUUUGUUUGGGGGUGCAUGAUAGCGGUUUGUGUGGGGAUGGGGGUCGGAUGAUAGUGGUGUGGUGUGUGGUGGUGGGGUGAUAGUGGUUGAUGUGGUGUGGUGGUGAUAGUGGUGAUGAUGGUGUGAUGGUGGUGAUGAUGGUGUGGUGUUGGUGAUAGUGGUGAUGAUGGUGUUGAUGGUAAUGAUAGAUGUGUGUUUGUUUACUCCCAGUAUGGGUGUGAGUGGUGUAUUGUGGGUAUUGUGCUGUAGUAGGAAUGGAAAAAGACUGUCACCUGCUUCCCAGUUGAAACGUGGCCACUUUGUGUUAGUUUGGGGGUUCAUUAGUUGUUUUCUUUGCCUGUUCUCACACAAAAACAUUUAUUGAGGCAUGUUGAACUUUGGUAGCCGAAGUCUACACCCCUUCGUUGGUGAUUGGUCAACAAUACGCUCUUAGAAGUGAAGGUGACUGGAAGACCGUUUUGGGUUCCACACCGGUGGAACCUUUCUAGUUUAAAAAGGUUCCUUGAGGAACCCCUCUAAAAAGGGUAUUCGAGGAACCCCUGUGUAAAGGUUCAAACCUGAACUUUUUUUAAACCUUUUUAAUAAUAUAUUAUAGAGCUGGCAGCCUAUCAGAUUGGAGGUGUGGCUUAUUGGAGGUGUGGCUUUCAGAUAGUUAUUUUUGGCCACCCGUUAGCCUAAAUGUCAUUCCUAUUCAUCACAGCAAACAAAACAUCCUUCAAUAUUUUAGCAUAUUACAUAUUGAAAUAUAAAAUUAAUAAUAUUCACAUGACAUAUAGUAAUAAAUAAUAAUAAUAAUAAUAAAUAGUAAUAAAGUGUUAACUAUUCUAACUUUGGGAUUGGUUCUUGAGGAACUCAUGUACCUCUGUAAGCCUCAUUGAAGCUACAAAACUGUCAGUGUGCAAACUUAAAAUGUGAUGACAAUACAACAGAACAGAUUAACAGGAAAGACAUUUGCUCAAAUAAAAAAGAUAUUAAAGCUACAAUCCUCCAGGAACCCGUUGCUACAUUGAACCAUUUAAGGUUCCUCCAAGAACCCCUCAGCUAACCGAAGGUGCAAAUAUGAACCAUUGAUUUAGCAAUGGUUCCUUGAGGCACCACUAAUUCUAAGAGUUUAGGGAUUAAGUGUUUGUUUUGGGGGGCCAGUAUAAAAAAAAUAUGUAUUCACUAACUGUAAGUCGCUCUGGAUAAGAGCGUCUGCUAAAUGACUAAAAUGUAAAUGUAAAUGUAAAUGUAUGUAAAAAUGUAAGUACGCUAGUUUCUACUUCAUUCAACCUGAAUCUGUCAGAAAUCAGUCCUGCACAGCAGUUUUCACUUGAGAAAUACUGCACCUAACAUAUUAGCCAGACGUAAAAUAAGAACUCUUAGGCCAAAACUUCUAAAUUAAUUAUAGAUUUCUAGAUUUAUUUUGUAUUAAUUCAGACUAUUUUGAGGAAGUGUUACUGGGUAUGUAGUUGCUGUCUAAAGAAGCACAAACAACAGUAUUAUUUUUUCUCAUUUUUCAAGCAAAGGUAUUUUGGGGAGUAUGCGAGCACAGACGUUCACAUUCGCCUAGCUGAGCAAACGGGUGACUUAAGGCUUUACCAGUACCACUGUAGUGGGUCAGCUGUUUGUUCAUCCGCACCGGCUCGCAAUUGCUAAUAACCCAUCCGCAACCGGCCCGACUAUAUGUGAUAAAGUGAAAAUCUGAGGCCAGAACCCGACCCUAACCCGCUAAUGUAGAAAAUGUGCUGUAUGCUACAGUCAGAGACGGCGGAACGAUUUUUUGUUGUUACCUGAUUUAAAUAUGUUUCUGCUUAUAAUUUUCAACAUUGUGGUAGGCUAUUUGUUAGUCAACAUGUCUAUAAUUAUACUGAACAAAAAUAUAAAUGCAACAUGUAAAGUGUUGGUCCCAUGUUUCAUAAGCUGAAAUAAAAGAUCCCAGAAAUGUUCCAUACGCACAAAAAGCGUAUUUCUCUCAAAUGUUGUGCACAAAUUUGUUUACAUCCCUGUUAGUGAGCAUUUCUCGUUUACCAAGAUAAUCCUUCCACCUGACAGGCGUGGCAUUUCAAGAAGCUGAUUAAACAGCAUGAUCAUUACACAGGUGCACCUUGUGCUGGGAACAAUAAAAGGCCACUCUAAAAUGUGCAGUUUUGACACACAACACAAUUCCACAGAUGUCUCAAGUUUUGAGGGAGCGUGCAAUUGGCAUGCUGACUGCAGGAAUGUCCACCAGAGCUGUUGCCAGAGAAUGUAAUGUUCAUUUCUCUACCAUAAACUUCCUCCAACGUCGUCUUAGACAAUUUGGCAGUACGUCUAUCCGGCCUCACAACCGCAGACCACGUGUAACCACGCCAGCCCAGGACCUCCACAUCCAGCUUCUUCACCUGCGGGAUCGUCUGAGACCAGCCACCUGGACAGCUGAUGAAACUGAGGAGUAUUUCUGUCUGUAAUAAAGCCCUUUUGUGGGGAAAAACUCAUUCUGAUUCAUUCUCAUUCUAAACAUUUUUGGGAGCUUUUAUUUCACCUCAUGAAACAUGGGACCAACACUUUAAUGUUGUGUUUAUAUUUUAGUUCAGUUGACAUCAGUAAAGUUCUGUGACCUCUGCUUCUUUCACGGAGCAAUGACGUUUAGGGAAAAUGCAAUGACUCUAAAAAUAUGAAAGAUUUUCUGUGCAAAAUGUCCAAAUGACAUCAGUUUGACCAGUUGGAAGGAAAUAGAAUGCUGUGGAAACAUGUUGCUGAUAAGAUUUCAGUUUGGCUUGGAUGCAUAUUUUAUGUGGUUGAAAAACGAUCAGCUUUUAUGAUGUUAAUAAAGAUGGCACCUCUACAGACGGUAUCUAACUGCGCAUUUGUAUUCUCUCAAGAUGCUGAAAUAAAUCCUAUUUCUCCACUUCUGUUCCCGAGUCAAAAUGUUGCCUACAUUUGUUGUAUCAUUUUACUGCAGGAGCUAAUAUGGGCCUAUUUAGAGUCUCACACAUAACAUGCUAUCAUCAUCUUUUACCACUUUAUCAAAUUUUUCCCAAACAUUACUUUUCCCUUCUCUUUACUUUCAGCUCUCACAGCUUUUCUCUUAUUGAAUUAAACUCCUUUUUGCCUCCAUGGAUCAACAUGAACUUUUUCUGCCCAUUCCCAUUGUAUUGUACAGUGGGGAAAAAAAGUAUUUAGUCAGCCACCAAUUGUGCAAGUUCUCCCACUUAAAAUGAUGAGAGAGGCCUGUAAUUUUCAUCAUAGGUACACGUCAACUAUGACAGACAAAUUGACGAUACAUGGCCCCAUUCAUUCUUUCCUUUACACGGAUCAGUCGUCCUUGUCCCUUUGCAGAAAAACAGCCCCAAAGCAUGAUGUUUCCACCCCCAUGCUUCACAGUAGGUAUGGUGUUCUUUGGAUGCAACUCAGAUUUCUUUGUCCUCCAAACACGACGAGUUGAGUUUUUACCAAAAAGCUCUAUUUUGGUUUCAUCUGACCAUAUGACAUUCUCCCAAUCCUCUUCUGGAUCAUCCAAAUGCACUCUAGCAAACUUCAGACGGGCCUGGACAUGUACUGGCUUAAGCAGGGGGACACGUCUGGCCCUGCAGGAUUUGAGUCCCUGGCGGCGUAGUGUGUAACUGAUGGUAGGCUUUGUUACUUUGGUCCCAGCUCUCUGCAGGUCAUUCACUAGGUCCCCCCGUGUGGUUCUGGGAUUUUUGCUCACCGUUCUUGUGAUCAUUUUGACCCCACGGGGUGAGAUCUUGCGUGGAGCCCCAGAUCGAGGGAGAUUAUCAGUGGUCUUGUAUGUCUUCCAUUUCCUAAUAAUUGCUCCCACAGUUUAUUUCUUCAAACCAAGCUGCUUACCUAUUGCAGAUUCAGUCUUCCCAGCCUGAUGCAGGUCUACAAUUUUGUUUCUGGUGUCCUUUGACAGCUCUUUGGUCUUGGCCAUAGUGGAGUUUGGAGUGUGACUGUUUGAGGUUGUGGACAGGUGUCUUUUAUACUGAUAACAAGUUCAAACAGGUGCCAUUAAUACAGGUAACGAGUGGAGGACAGAGGAGCCUCUUAAAGAAGAAGUUACAGGUCUGUGAGAGCCAGAAAUCUUGCUUGUUUGUAGGUGACCAAAUACUUAUUUUCCACCAUAAUUUGCAAAUAAAUUCAUUACAAAUCCUACAAAGUGAUUUUCUGCAUUAUUUUUUCUCAAUUUGUCUGUCAUAGUUGACGUGUACCUAUGAUGAAAAUUACAGGCCUCUCUCAUCUUUUUAAGUGGGAGAACUUGCACAAUUGGUGGCUGACUAAAUAAUUUUUUUCCCCACUGUAUGUUUUUUAAACGUCAAAUCCAUAUCAGUCGAAAUGCACAAGUAUUUAUAUGCGGGAACAUGUUCAAUUGGAGAACCAUCUAAUGAGUGAACAUGUAGUUCAUCUGAAACAUUGUAUUUCGUUUUGCCCAUAUUAAGCACUAGUUUUAAAUCAACAAGGGAUUCCUGCUAUAGAAUCUGACUGCAGACCCCUGUGGUACACCUUUAUGCACUUCCAUAGCAUGAUCAACAGUAUCAAAAGCUUUUUGACAGGUCCACAAACAAAGCAGCACAUUUAACUUUAGUGUCGGCAGCAUUGACAAGAUCAUAAACAACUAAAGGGGUUGCCGUGGUAGCACUAUGCCCAGGCCUAAACCCUGAUUGGUUUACGUUCAAAAUACAUUUCUCAGAUAAAAAAAGAGCAGUUGUACAUUUACCAAGGAUUCAAGAAUCUUAGCUAGACAAGAAGCUUUGAAAUGGGGAGAUAAUCAUUAAGAUCACUACUAUCCCCGCCCUUAUGGAGUGGCAACACAAGAGCUGAUUUCCAUACUUUUGGAAUAUUUCCUGAUAACGAUGUUUAAAUACAAAAUAUGGGUUAUUGAGCCAACAAUGAUGGGCGCUGCACACUUAAGCAAAUCGGGGUCCAAUUGGUCGGCUCCUGGGGAUUUCUUAUUGUCUGUUGCUAUCAAAGCACCCAGGACUUACUUUUUCUGUAAAUAGCCUUAAAGAAAAGCUUUGACUAUCAUUUCUCUGAUCAUUCAGCAAGUUUCUGCUUUGUUUCUGUAAAAGAAACCAGCUCAGUGACAUGUUUUUUAAAUGACAGUUUGUCAUCAAGCCAGAUACCAAGAUAUUUGUAGGAAGGAACUCGCUCAAUUUGUUUACCAUUCAAACUAGUCAUUACAAAUUCAUUUAAAAAUGGGUUAUGGGACCUUGCGGAUGAUAGCGUUGUAUUCCAUUGCUCCAUCGGUUGGCCAAACAUUUUCACAUUUGAAGUCUGAUUUUCAACCACUGCAGAGGUCACUAUUGUAUCUAAAGUUAGUGCUAAAUGCAAACAAAACAAAAUGCAUGCUUUGUUUUUUUUUACAGCAUUACCAAUGUUAUUUAUAUAGAUUGUAAAAUGUAUAUAGAUUGUAAACAGUAGUGGGCCGAGUAUCGUUCCUUGGGGCACCCCUUUAUGUAACUCAAGGAACUCGGAUUUGACCCCAUCUACCUUAAUGGCCUGAGUUCUGUCACUGAGAUCAUUAUGAAACCAUCGACAAGCAUCAGUACCCAACCCUAUCGAGGACAGCUUAUUCAACAGAAUAACAUGGUCUACAGCAUCAGUACCCAACCCUAUCGAGGACAGCUUAUUCAACAGAAUAACAUGGUCUACAGUAUCAGUACCCAACCCUAUCGAGGACAGCUUAUUCAACAGAACAACAUGGUCUACAGUACCAAAAGCUUUUGACAAGUCUACAAACAUGGCAGCACAAUUCUUUCUAUCAUCUAAGGCACUUGUAAUAUCAUUUACAACAAGCAUGGUAGUGGUGCUAUGUUUAGGUCUGAAUCCGGAUUGAGUAACAUUAAGAAUACCAUACAAUUGACUCAAAUGAUGUCAAUUAGUCUAUCAGAAGCUUCUAAAGCUAUGACAUCAUUUUCUGGAAUUUUCCAAGCUGUUUAAAGGCACAGUAAGCUUAGUGUAUGUAAACUUCUGACCCACUCUAUAACGCCUGUCUAUAGCAUGUAUACCACUAUGCUAUCACUGUAUAUACUGGAGGGUUUUAUAAAGGACUGCCCUUAUUUCUUACCCACAAUGCCUCACACCUGAUCCCUACCUUAUUCUUAUUAGACCUGAGUCAAAUACAAAAUACUUUUAAAUACUCAGAAGUAUUUGAGCAGCACUGGAUUUCGCUUUGGAUUUGCACCUUUGGGACUGUUCUAAUGAUUCCAUUGCACCGGGGCGAACUAAAUCAGCUCAUGUAUGUGGAAGUAUUUGAAGUAUGUAUUGGACCCAGAUGUGAUUGUUAUGUUGCUGUCAGAUGUGUUUUUUUUCUUAUUUUCUCAGUAUUCUGGAUGCCUUGUUAGGAAAUUAUCUCUCUCUCUCUCUCUCUCUCUCUCUCUCUCUCUCUCUCUCUCUCUCCUCCUCUCUCUCCUCGCUCUCUCUUCUCUCUCUCUCUCUCUCUCCUCUCUCUCCUCUCUCUCUCUCUCUCUCUCUCUCUCUCUCUCUCUCUCUCUCUCUCUCUCUCUCUCUCUCUAAAUAUUCUAACCCCUGAUCUGUGAUGAGGUUGUUGUUGCACCAAUGCUUUGCUCUGUAUUUUUCUAACCACCGGCUGAACUAUUAAACUGUUCGUAACUUAGGGUGUUUUCCUGUGUCAAAUGAAAUCAAAGUUUUUUGGUCGCAUACACAAAUUUGCAGAUGUUAUCGCAGGUGCAGCGAAAUGCUUGUGUUUCUAGAUCCAACAGUGAGUGCAGUAAUAUCUAGCACUACAAAAUAAAAAAGGUAAAAGGUCUGCUCUGAGAGAAAGGUGUGUGUGUGUGUGGUCUGGAGGGAAGGGGAGAGUGUGCUUGGUUUAUAGAUGCAGUUCUCUUGAUUUAAACGUUUCCACUUCAUUAAACAGAAUGCUUCUCAGAGAGAGAGAGCUGGUCCUGGGGCUCUGUUCACAAACACAAACAGACCCCACAGAGCCCUCAGGACAACAACCACAAUUAGACCCAACCAAAUCAUGAGAAAACAAAAAGAGAAUUACUUGACACAUUGGAAAAAAGACUGAACAAAAUAACCAGAGCAAACUAGAAAGAAUGCUAUUUGGCCCUCCUCCUACUUAAACAGAGGAGAGUACACAGUGGCAGAAUAUCUGACCACUGUGAUUGACCCAAAACUAUGGAAAGCUUGACUAUGUCCAGACUCAGUGAGCAUUAGCCUUGCUAGUGAGCGAGAUGAGAGAAGAGAGAGAGAGGAGAGGAGAGAAGAGAGAGAGAGAAAAUUAGAGAGAAAGGAGAGGGUUAGAGAGAGGAAGGACGGGGUGGUGUUGCUGGAUGGAAGGAGAGGUAUAGAGAGAGGUAGAGAGGGACGGGAUUGGGGAUGGGGUGUUGGGGAGUGACGGCGAGGUAGAGAGAGGAAAGGAUGGGGAUGGUGUUGCUGGCGGGGAGGAGAGGGUAGGAGAGAGGAAGGACUGGGGAUGGUUGUUGCUGGGAGGGAAGAGAGGGUUUGUAGAGAGAGAGGGAGGGUGAGGACUCGAGAGGAAGGAUGGGGAGGUGCUGGGAUGGGAAGGAAGAGGGUUAGAGCGGGAAGACUGCGGGAUGGUGUGUGGGAGGAAGGAGAGGGUAGAGAGAGAGGAGGGUGGAGAAAGAGAGAGGAGACUGGGGAUGGUGUUGCGGGAGGGAAGGAGAGGGUAGUAGAGAGAGGAAGGACUGGGGAUGGUGUUGCUGGGAGGGAAGGAGAGGGUAGAGAGAGGAAGGACAGGGGACGGGGGAUGGUGUUUGUUGCUGGGAGGGAAUGCGAGGGUAGAGGGUAGAGUUUAGAGAGAGGAAUGACUGGGGAUGGUGUUUGCUGGGAGGGAAGGAGAGGGGUAGAGAGAGGAAGGACUGGGGAUGGUGUUGCUGGGAGGGAAGGAGAGGGUAGAGAGAGGAAGGACUGGGGAUGGUGUUGCUGGGAGGGAAGGAGAGGGUAGAGAGAGAGGAGUGGGUGAGGAAAGAGAGAGGAAGGAAUUGGGAUGGUGUUGAAUGGGAGGGAAGGACUCGAGGGUAGAGAUGAGGACAGGACAUGGGCGAUAGGUUGUGUUGCUGCCGGAGGGCACAGGACGACCGGGGCAGAGGAGUGUAUGAGCGAGAGGAGGUGAGGAUAGAGACGAGACGGAAGGAAUGGGGGAGGGAUGAUGGGGGAGGGAGGGAAGUAGACCUCGAACGUAGGGAAGUGCAGAGACCGGAAAUCACCAGGUAUUAGACGGAGGACACCGCAAAUUGUGUGGAUCGGGGUCGUUUGCAUAUUCCUGGAGGGAGAGGAGCAGAGUUGCGUUAUUAGAUUGCAGAGAGAGGACAGGAUAUGGGGGGGGAAAUUGGUUGUUUGGGGUAGUUGGGAUUAGCCUGGGCAGGAGAGGGUAGAGAGAGGAAGGAUGGGCGAUGGGGUAUGUUUGUGAGAUCGGUGUCCUACCCAACAGUAUCCCGUUGAGAGGAAGGACCACACCCUGACGGCCGCUUUUAGAGAGAGGAGGACAUGUGGGAGGGCGAUGGUAUAUGUGCAGGGGAGUGAAACCGAGGAUGCCAGAGGUUUAGAGAGAGAGGACAGGAUAUGGGGGUCGCUGGAGGGUGUGGGACUGGCCGCAGUGGAAUGUAGGAGAGGGUAGAGAGCAAGGAAAUGGAACGGGGAUGUGGUGUUGCUGGAGGGAAGGAGAGGGUAGAGAGAGAGGAGAGCACUACUCUUUUCUAGGGGGGUGGUGUGUGUAUGUUGUAUGUCUGGAACCUAUCUGGCCCUUCUUGUCUCGUCUGUCUUUCGUUUUAAGACAGUCUCACACACUUGCCCAUCAAGAGCCCCGCUGAUUAAAUGAAAGACUUCCAUAACAUUAUCAUCAUCACAGGCAUCAUAUACCACAGAGACACUUUCCCCGACUCCCGGCUUACACAUAUGGUACACGGCCCCCCCACCCGACGUCAGGGCCUCUCCAUCCCCAUCCGGCGUCCUCAUGAAUAUUCAGUGUCUGUGGGUGAUGACGCCGGGCCCCGCCCAGGGGCGGAGGGUUUUGUAA